AUGUCUCAACUCCGCUACUAUAUAAUCGACGUCUUCUCAUCCAUUGCCUACCAAGGGAAUCCCCUCGCAGUGGUAGACACCACAUCUACCACUCUCACCUCUACCCAGAUGAAACUACUAGCAAGGCAAUUCAAUCUAUCGGAAACAACAUUCGUUUGUCCUCCAACAGACCCUAAAGCUACCUGGCGCUUGCGAUCAUUUCUCCCCAAUGGAGUAGAGGUUUUCGGAGCUGGUCACAACUCGCUCGGCGCCUGGUGGUGGAUUGCACAUUCUGGGCUUUUGGGAGAAAUCGCACAUACAGGUCAGACCUACUUCCAACAACUAGGCGACAAUAUCCUAUCGGUGGAUGUAUCUCGAUCAAAGCUAGGAGAUCUGGUUGUCUCGAUGCGCCAGGGGGAACCACUGUUUUUGAAUCAACAUACUAACUAUGAUUCACUUGCUGCAUCUCUUGGGAUCAGUGCCGGCGAUAUUGGACUAAGAUACUUGGAUACUGCACUCGACCGGGCAAUGGUGGUUACCACUUCACCUGCCCGCCAUCUCUUGGUUCCGGUUCGAAGCCUUGAUGUCCUGGAAAGUAUCAGCUUUGCCGACAAAGAGGGUAUUUCCAAGGAGCUUGCUAGUACCGAAAGCCUUAACAGUGGAAUUUAUGUCUUCGCAUAUGCGGAAACUGAGUCCGAGACAAAGAAUCCGAGAUUUGAGGCCCGAUUUUUCAGUCCGGGGAUGUCAAUGGAAGACCCGGCUACGGGUUCGGCCGCCGGGCCUUUGGCUGCUUACUUGUGGGCGAACAAUGCCCUGACUUCUGUGGAUGAUGGAGGAGCUCGGAUUGAAGUUUUGCAGGGUAUACAGACUGGGAGGAGGUGCCUGAUGAAUUUGAGCAUUGAGCCCAAUAACAGAGAUCCCGUAAGCAUCACGAUUUCCGGAACUGGUGUGCUGGUGGCAAAUGGAAGUAUCAUGAUUCCUAGUUCUGGGCUUUCCUUUUCAGAGGGCCUUUGUUAA